AGCGGUCCAAUAACAACAUGCAUGCGGCACUUGCAUGCUUGCCGCGGGAUUUAUGUAUUUCGUCAAUCACAACAUGAAUCAUGUCGACGAUGAGUUGAUAUUUUUGGUGAAGCUUGCGGUCAAUCGUAGCACACAGGAGGCUGUAGCUGUCAAGAUACUCAGUCUGGACAAAGCCAAAGGGGCCAUAGAGAAUGUCCGCAAAGAGGUACCUGUAAAUCCCAUCGCCAGAAGUCUUGUAGUUGAUGAGUGCAUCACAAGUCCUUACCUAGUCUCCCAGGUCAAUCACAAGUCAUUCAGUCACAGCUAAAUCACCGUGGUCUGCGUCCACAGGAUGAUGAACGACGAUCGCAUUGUUCGCUUCUACGGCCAACGCAAAGAAGGCAACAUUCAGUAUCUCUUCCUGGAGUACAUGAGCGGGGGAGAGCUCUUUGAUAGAAUUGAGCCUGAUAUUGGUAUGCCAGGCAAGCAGGCCCAUCGGUACUUUGUUCAACUGAUGGCCGGCGUUGAGUAUUUACACAAGAAGGGUGUGACGCAUCGAGAUCUGAAGCCAGAAAACUUACUCCUGGAUGAUAACGAUAACCUAAAGAUCUCAGAUUUUGGUCUAGCCACGGUCUUCCGGCACCAGGGCAAAGAGCGUCUGAUGGCCAAGUGUUGCGGGACGCCUCCCUACGUCGCUCCAGAGGUCAUGAAGAAGGAGGAGUUUCCUGCCGAGCCGGCCGACGUCUGGUCCUGUGGGAUCAUUCUAGUGGCCAUGCUGGGCGGAGAACUGCCGUGGGAUGAACCGACAUACGAAUGUAAGGAAUUCCGUGAUUGGUUGGAUAAGAAGAUGCACCUGUCGCCAUGGAAGAAGAUUGAUCCCUUGCCAUUAGCAUUACUCCGGAAAAUCUUGACGGAGUCUCCUACCAAGCGCUGCACAAUAGCCACACUGAGGAAAGACAGAUGGUACAAUGGCAAAACUUGGCCUCACAGACCCCCAUCCAGUUCACCAACAAGUUCCGGUUCAUUCAAGCGUGUCUGCUCAGGCAAUGACCUUUCACCUACGUCAUCUAUCAGAAGAGAGAACUCGGCCAUGUUCUCCAGCUCCCAGCCCAUACCGCACGCCGUCCAUGACAUGCCCACACCAGAAACCACCAAAGAAUCCGUGGAGAAGUUAAUCCUUGGUGUCAGCUUCUCACAGCCGGUCCACAUUGACUCCUUGCUGCUGAGUAGUCAGAUACAGUCAACGCCCGGUAGCUCACAGACACCUAUGCAGAGACUAGUUAAGCGCAUGACCAGGGUUUUCACCAAACUUAGCCCCGACGAAACCAUCAAGAAACUCACCGCCGUACUAGAGAAGAUGGGCUACAGCUGGAAAACGACAACGGCAAGACAGGUCACAAUCACAUCUCUGGAUCGACGAAAGAACCCGCUGAUCUUCAAAGCUCACCUGCACGAGAUGGACGACAAAGUACUUGUAGACUUCAGACUAUCAAAGGGUGAUGGUAUCGAGUUCAAGCGACACUUCCUCAAGAUAAAAGGAAAGCUGGCGCACAUCACCACCAAAGUACCCCUGCUCUCCCCUUUUGUCUGAAUGGUCUGACCCAGCUGGGUCAAAGGUCACAACACUCAGCAUUUCCCGAUUGAGGGUAGCAGUAUUAAUACCAACUCUUCCAUUAAUUAUGCAGGUAGUUUUGUAUCUCUAUUUUUGUCGGGGUUUUAUGCGAUCAUGAGUUCCUACGAUCAGCUUGUUCCACAAUCCACAGUGCCUGGAAAAAAUCUCGCAAUCUUUGGAACUUCAGAAAUUGUGGCGUUUUACUCACGAUCAGGUGGUGAUUCAUUGUGAACGACGUCAACUUGUCGUCAAAUUUGGCAGGCUUGUUGUUUGAGAAACUUGAGUUAUUUCAAUUCAAACUUGGCAAAGUUACACUGCAUCUGAAUCGCAUGGGUGCCACUGCCAAUUGCCACAUGUGUCCAGGGAUAGCCAUUUGUUUUUGGACAAUGCCUUCGGUUGCCUGACUGCCAAUUUGUGAGUUUGCUAAGUUUGGCAUGAUGAUAUCUCCAGAUACUUUUUCCUUGACAACAAAGGAAUACGUAGCAGGUUCGUUAGUGUGACGUCAGUUCAGUUUAAACCAUGCCCACUGGCCAAGUAGAAUUGGAACCACUGGAACCGGAAGUUAACUCAACUUGAGCAUUUAUCCAAUGGGCGCUAGUAAUCAGUGGCGUUCGUUUAUGGUGUAAAUCGAGGACACACUUGCAAAAUCAAAUAGAAUUGAGGACAGGAACCAAAUCGAGGACGGCCUCGAUUGAAAACGUGUACAAUCCAAUGAGAGCUUUUUCAACCAGUCCACGAAUGAGCUGCCAAUCGUUAGUUAUAUAAGUUAUUCUCUAAUAUCCCUGGACAUCAUGAAUAUGCAUAAUGCAGAGAGAGAGCCCUCUUUUGAUAUUGUCUGAUCUCGUUUGGAAAAAGAAAUUUCGCAGCCGCAACCAGGGUUGAGAGGCUGUACCUAGAUAGAAAAUCCAAAUCUUCAACAGACCUAUGUACACACCGGUGUAAGUGUGAACGGUAUGCCUUUGCUAACCUGUGGUCAGUGGAACCUGGUUCUGAUUAUGGUGCACCUGUUGAAUACAACAUGGGUAGCGGACACGAUAGUGCAGAAAGGCCUUUAGCCACAGAUAAGAUGAAUAUCUUGUCACGUAAGACAGGAUAGGAACCCACUUGUGUCGACUUGAUGACGUCAACUCUACUGCUAUUUCAUGUUCCUUCGGUUGUGUAGCCUGUUCUCGAAAUAUCUAGAAAGCCAAAUAAUGAGUAGGCCUACCUCGCUGAUUUUCAGCUUAUCUGGAACCAGAAACCGUUAAUUAUAUUCUCGUCUUCUACACUGUGCCAAACAAACAAACAUGAAUUGAUUUGUCAUGUGUACAGGUGUCUUCAACCUGUUGUACCGAUCACUUUUGCUGAAGUUUUGCAUUUCAAGAUAUAUUUUUGUAAUACCUGUUACAAAGUUAAAUUAAAGGCUCAUUCGAAAAACUA